AUCCUUGAAAGGAUUCGGCCGGAGUUUGUGAACAGAACGAUAGAAGCAAACCUCAAAAAGCUCAUUGACUUGCUCAGAUCAGACGGUGUCCUCAAUGAUUCGGAGGAAAAGCAAAUUCUCCAGAAGAACCCAACCACAGAAGAUAAGGCGCGAGAUUUCUUCGACUGUGUCGUGAAAAAAGGACAUAAAGCCCGCAGGAUGAUGCUGAAACAUCUGCAAAGCAAAAAUCCAUCACUGUGCCAUGACCUGGAUUUGAGCUUUGGUCCGUCUGUUCAGAAAGAGCUCCUUCAAACAUGUCAGGCUGAACUCAAGUCUAAACUGACGAAGACGUUGAAGCAUAUCUUUGAAGGGUUUGCUAUACAAGGAAAGUCCGUCCGACUGAAGGACAUAUACACAAAGCCCAACAUCACAAAUGGGGACACUGAGGAGGUCAACGUUGAACAUGAAGUCAGACAGAUUGGAGCAGCAUCCAGGACAUUAGACAAAGAAGACGGCUGUGAGACUAGAAGAAAUCAACCCAUCCGAACAAUAAUAACGAAGGGAGAGGCUGGAAUCGGGAAAACACUGGUAACACAGAAGUACAGUCUGGACUGGGCUAAGGGCAAAGACUACCAGAACAUCCAGUUGGUGUUUCCAUUCACCUUCAGAGAGCUGAAUGGGCUGAAAGAGAGAAACAUCAGCUUGGUGGAACUUGUUCAUGAAUUUUUUAAGGAAACGGCAGAAAUCUUUUAUUUUGAAGAGUUCCACGUCGUGUUCAUCUUUGAUGGUCUGGAUGAGUGUCGACUUUCUCUGGACUUCCUCAAAGCUAAAACUGUAGAUGACCCUAGACAAACCACCUCAGUGGACGUGCUGCUGACGAACCUCAUCAGGGGGAACCUGCUUCCUUCUGCUCAUCUCUUGAUCACCACACGACCCGCAGCAGCCAAUCAGAUCCCUCCUUACUGUGUUGACAUGGUGACUGAAGUCAGAGGGUUUAGUGACCCACAGAAGGAGGAAUACUUCAGGAAUUGGUUCAGAGAUAGGGCGCAGUCCAGCAAGAUCAUCUCCCACAUCAAGACAUCGCGCAGCCUCCACAUCAUGUGCGAAAUCCCAGUUUUCUGCUGGAUCACUGCUACGGUCCUGGAGAAAGUCCUGAAAACCAGAGAGCAAGCAGUCCUACCCAAGACCCUGACUGAGAUGUACAUCCACUUCCUGGUGGUCCAGGUCAAACAGAAGAAGGUCAAGUAUGACGCAGGAGCUGAGACUGAUCCAGAGAACAGGAAGAUGAUUGAGUCUCUGGGAAAACUGGCUUUUGAGCAGCUGCAGAAAAGAAAUCUAAUCUUCUAUGAAUCAGACCUGAGAGAGUGUGGCAUCGAUGUCACAGAAGCUUCGGUGUACUCAGGAGUCUUGACACAGAACUCUGAGGUGAAAGAUCUGUACCAGGAGAAGGUCUUCAGCUUCAUCCACCUGAGUGUUCAUGAGUUUCUGGCUGCUCUUCAUGUCCAUCUGACCUUCAUCAACUCUGGAGUCAACCUGCUGAAAGAACUGAGAUUCUCUUUGAUUUCUUUGGUUUUUGGAACCAGUUCAACCUUUUUCUACCAGACUGCUGUAGACAACGCCUUACAGAGUCCAUAUGGACAUCUGGACAUGUUCCUCCGUUUCCUCCUGGGUCUUUCAUUGGAGACCAAUGAGAAUCUCCUACGAGGUCUGCUGACAUUUAAACCAAGAAGUUCACAUGGCAAUCAACAAAUAGUCCAGUACAUCAAGAAGAAGAUCAGUGAGGAUCUGUCUGCAGAGAGAAGCAUCAACCUGUUCCACUGUCUGAAUGAACUGAACGAUCGUUCUCUGGUGGAGGACGUCCAACAAUCCCUGAGAUCAGGUCCUCUGUCCAGAGAUAAACUGUCUCCUGCUCAGUGGUCGGCUCUGGGCUUCAUCUUACUGUCAUCAGGAGAAGAUCUGGAGGUGUUUGACCUGAAGAAAUACUCAGCUUCAGAAGAGGUUCUACGGAGGCUGCUGCUGGUGGUCAAAGCCUCCAAGAAAGUUCUACUGAGUUACUGUAAACUCUCGGAGUUCAUCUGUGCAGAUCUGUCUUCAGUUCUCAGCUGUCCCUGCUCCAAACUGACACAACUGGACCUGGGUAAUAACAACCUGCACGAUUAUGGAGUGAAGUUUCUGUCGGUUGGACUGAAGAGUCAUCACUGUAACCUGGAGGUUCUCAGACUGGAAGACUGUAAACUCUCGGAGUUCAUCUGUGAAGAUCUGUCUUCAGUUCUCAGCUCUCAGUGCUCCGGACUGACGAAACUGGACCUGAGUAAAAACAACCUGCAGGAUUCUGGAGUGAAGUUUCUUUCUGCUGGACUGAAGAGUCGUCACUGUAACCUGAAGGUUCUCAGACUGGAAGACUGUAAACUCUCAGAGUUCAGCUGUGAAGAUCUGUCUUCAGUUCUCAGCUCUCAGUCCUCCAGACUGACACAACUGGACGUGAGUAACAACCACCUGCAGGAUUCUGGAAUGAAGUUUCUUUCUGAGGGACUGAAGAGUCGUCACUGUUACCUGGAGGUUCUCCGACUGAGUCACUGUAAACUCUCAAAGUUCAGCUGUGAAGAUCUUGCUUCAGUUCUCAGCUGUCCCUGCUCCAGACUGACAAAACUGGACCUGAGUUUCAACAACCUGCAGGAUUCUGGAGUGAAGUUUCUUUCUGUUGGACUGAAGAGUCGUCACUGUAACCUGAAGGCUCUCAGACUGGGAGAUUGCAAACUCUCAAAGUCCAGCUGUGAAGAUCUGUCUUCAGUCCUCAGCUCUCAGUCCUCCAAACUGACAAAACUGGAGUUGAGCAACAACAACCUGCAGGAUUGUGGAGGGAAGUUUCUCUCUGCUGGACUGAAGAGCCGUCACUGUAUCCUGGAGGUUAUCAAACUGGAAGACUGUAAACUCUCAGAGUUGAUCUGUGAAGAUCUGUCUUCAGUUCUCAGCUCUCAGUCCUCCAGACUGACACAACUGGACCUGAGUUACAACAACCUGCAGGAUUCUGGGGUGAAGGUCCUUUCUGCUGGACUGAAGAGUUACAACUGUAACCUGGAGGUUCUCAGGUUGAGAGAAUCUGGGAUCACGGCUGAAGGCUGCGAGGUUCUGUUAUCCGCUCUGAGCUCCAACCCCGACCGCCUGAAAGAACUGGACCUGAUGUCCAGACCUCCCGGAGAAUCCGCAGGGAGGUGUCGGUCCGGCGGACUAAAGGACCCGGACUGGAGACUGUAAACUCUCCGGUUCCCUCUCUCUCUGGGAGGAGUUCCGAGGAAGUGUAAAGCUGGAGUUCCACAGGACGUGGAACCAAAGUGGACAACAGGACUGGACCAACCGCAGCGAAUUACCGCAGCAUCUGCUGGCACGGCACGUGUAGCGGUUUCGGGGCGACCCUCCGCUCUGCUCCGCCAGAAAUAAGCACUUUUAGGCGCUCUACUUU